AUGGACCAUGACCAGACUGGAUGCGAAGCAGCCCCUGAAGGUCCUAUGCUCUGCGUCAACAACUGUGGAUUUUUUGGAAGUGCAGCUACCAUGAACAUGUGUUCUAAGUGCCACAAAGACAUGAUGCUGAAACAGGAGCAGGCCACGCUUGCAGCAUCUUCCAUUGGGAACAUUAUGAAUGGUUCAUCAAGCAGCAGUGGAAUUGAACCUGCUAUUGCUGCCAAUGUGGAAAUCUCAGUUGAUUCAGUGGAGCCCAAAACCAUCUCUGCACAACCGUUAGUUGCUUCCGGCUCAGAGGAGAGUCUGGAGAAGAAACCCAAGGAUGGUCCUAAACGGUGCACCAACUGCAAUAAGCGGGUUGGUUUGACAGGAUUUAAUUGUCGAUGUGGUAACCUUUUCUGUGCUGUACAUCGCUACUCAGACAAGCAUGACUGUCCAUUUGACUACCGCACUGCCGGACGGGAUGCGAUAGCCAAAGCAAACCCGGUUGUCAAAGCUGAGAAGCUUGACAAGAUAUAG